UGUUUCUCUUUUGCGCCCACGCCACCUCGUUUUCCUCUUCUAUGCCCUACCGGCGGACCAUCUCCCCCGCCACCUCUUUCCGCCGGAUCCGUCGCCCUCUACCUCUCUUAUCUAUUCUUUCACUUCCCGGGUCUUCCCGACAGAGCCACCUUUUCCCCCUUCCUCGCUCUUCCCACCCGCUCCCCCACUGCCUUCUUGCUCGACUCUCUUCCUCCUCCUCCUCCCAAGCCAUCCGCUAUCUUCCAACCCCUCUCCCUCGAAUCCUAUACUUAGUUCUGAUGUAUUGUCCCUCCUAAAUCGCAUAUGAGUUAUUCUGUGCUGAGGCCUGAGUUUGUCUUUUCUUCGAACGCCUUGUGACCACAAGGAACUGACAUGGAAGGCGACCAAAAUGCUUCGACGGCUGAUUGCGCCGAAGCCGUCGACAUCGGUGGUGACGCUGAAGAAUGCCCGGUCAAGCAGAGAUGUCAGCAACAGAGGGAAGCACUUCCAGGAGAGCCCCGGUGUGUUAUUUGUGGUCGCUAUGGUGAGUACAUAUGUGAUCUCACUGAUGACGACAUAUGCAGCAUAGAAUGCAAAACAAUUCUUCUAUCUAGGCAUGAAAAAGCUCAUAAUCCAGCACCGAAACUCACUCAUCAUGUGAAGAUUCCUAUCAAGGACGAGUGCUUUUAUGUUAGAGAUAAUGAUAGAGGUGGGUCAGGAGGCUUAACCUCUAUUCAGAUUGACUCCUUGAGAAGCAAAAUUGGGCUUUGCAUAAAAGGAGUAAAAGGAGCAUCUGUUCCUGCCCCCGUGUUGUCCUUCUCUUCCUGUGAUCUUCCUGAAAAGCUCGAAAACAAUCUUGAAACUGCUGGCUAUGUGAUACCUACACCGAUCCAGAUGCAAGCCAUACCUGCAGCACUGGAUAACAGAAAUUUGCUUGUCUCUGCUGACACCGGGUCUGGAAAGACAGCUUCAUUUCUAGUUCCUGUAAUUUCUCGUUGCUCCGGAAUCCGAUUGCGGUGUGUUACCGAGCUGAGAAAUCCAUUGGCAAUGGUUCUUGCUCCCACCAGAGAGCUGUGUAUUCAGGUGGAGAAGGAAGCCAAGAUACUAGGAAAGGGUUUACCUUUUAAAACUGCUCUCGUGGUUGGUGGAGAUCCCUUGGCUGGGCAAGUCUAUCGAAUUCAAAAUGGUGUAGAAUUAAUUGUUGGCACCCCUGGAAGGCUGAUAGAUCUUUUAACCAAGCAUGAUAUUGAGCUCAACGAGGUAUCUGUUCUGGUUUUAGACGAGGUGGACUGCAUUAUGCAGAGAGGUUUCCGGGAUCAAGUGAUGCAAAUAGUUCAAGCUCUUUCACAGCCUCAAGUAUUGAUGUUCUCCGCAACUGUCUCCCGAGAGGUUGAGAGAAUGGCCAGCUCGAUAGCUAAGCAUAUAAUAUGUAUCUCUGCAGGGAACCCCAGCACACCCAGCAGCUCGGUGAAGCAGGUUAUCAUUUGGGUGGAAUCUAAGAAGAAGAAACAGAAGCUUUUUGAGAUACUAAUGAGCAAGCAGCACUUCAAACCACCUGUGGUAGUGUUUGUGGGUUCGAGACUAGGAGCGGAUCUUUUGUCCGAGGCAAUAUGUACUGCCACUGGAAUAAAAGCUCUUUCGAUUCAUGGCGAGAAGACAAUGAAGGAGAGGAGAGAAAGCUUGCAGCUGUUUUUAACAGGAGAGGUCUCCAUCCUCGUCUCGACAGGAGUUUUGGGACGCGGAGUGGACCUGUUAAAGGUACACCAAGUGAUAAUGUUUGACAUGCCGAAUUCGAUGGAGGAGUACGUUCAUCAGGUAGGAAGGGCAUCUAGAAUGGGAGAGGAGGGUACAGCAAUUGCCUUUGUGAAUGAGGAGGACAAGAAGCUAUUCCGGGAACUUGUCCAAAACCUGAAAUCCAUAGGAGCUGCUAUUCCAAGGGAGCUUGCUAAUUCAAAAUAUUUGGGUGCUUACCCAUCUAGCCAUCAAAAGAAGAGGAAAUUUGGUUCUUAAAUGUGCUUACCUUUUUUCACGACACGAAAGUGAAUAAUUGCAACUUGUGUGUAUGAUUCUAAUGGUGCUGACAGAAGAAAUGGUGCAUGUUGAUUGUAGAUUCACCUUUUCCUUUGUAGAUUUACUUAAUUUGUAUUCAUUUACUAGAUUUCUUGUACACAAAGCUGAAAGCAGCUUCUA